AUGGGCCCCAACCUGCUCCUGCUGCUGUUCCUGGGACUAGCAGGCCAGGGCUCGGCUGGCAGCCUCCCUGAGGUGCUGCAGGCGCCUGUGGGAAGCUCCAUCCUGGUGCAGUGCCACUACCGACUCCAGGAUGUCAAGGCUCGAAAGGUGUGGUGCCGGUUCCUGCCAGAGGGAUGCCAGCCCUUGGUGUCGUCAGCUGUGGAUCGCAGGGUCCCAGCCAGCAGCCGCAUAUUUCUCACUGACCUGGGGGGUGGCCUGCUCCAGGUGGAGAUGGUUACCCUACAGGAGGAGGAUGCCGGAGAGUACGGCUGCGUGGUAGAGGGAAUCUCAGGGCCCCAGACUGUGCACAGAAUCAGUCUGGAUGUGCUCCCUGCAGCUCCUGGCCUGAAAGAGGAGGACGAGGAGACCCAUCAGGUCAGGAGUCUGGCUGACAUCUCCUCUUCAGAUCCUGUAGGCAGUGCCAGCCCUUUGGACCCCAGCCGAGAUAAGAAGAGCAGACCCUUGAUUUGGGGUGCUGUGCUCCUGCUGGGCCUGCUGGUGCUGGCGGUGGUGCUGUUUGCUGUGAUGGCCAAAAGGAAAGGGAACAGGCUUGCUGCCUGUGGACGAUAUCAGAGCAGUGGAGUCUCAGGCUCGGUCCCCUCCUCAGUGGUCCACCACAUCAGUGACUCUGGACUGGCUGUUGACUUGCCAUCGGAUGUACCAUAUGUUAGGCUCGACUCGCCACCUUCCUUUGACAAUAACACCUACAGCAACCUUCCUCUUGAUUCCCUGUCAGGGAAACACCCACCCCCAGCCCCAUCCUGUUUGCCCCCUCUGCCUCCUAAGGCUGAGAUCUGCUCCAAGCCUGUGACAUACGCCACAGUCAUCUUCCCUGGAGGGGACAAGAGUGGAGGAGCCUCCUUCGAGCCAGCCCAGGAUCCACCUAAUAGCGAGAUUCCACCCAGCUAA